AUGCUUACUUCUCAUCAUAAAUUGGGACAAAUAUAAACAUUUGAUACUUUUUUUAAUAAAUAAAUUUAUUAUUUUACCUAUUUUUACAAUUAAAAAUUUAUUUUUAAAAAAAAAUAUUGGGAAAAUUUUUUGCUUUAUCCUAAAGAAAGGUUACAAGACUAGGCUUGAGGCCACUUUUAAGAUUUAUGUCUGGUGGGUCUCACCAUGCAGAACCAGCAGCCCAUCACGACCACCAUGCUGCUGAGCAUCAUGACGAGCACGGUCACCACGUCCACCAUUCUAAUGUAAAAAUCCCAGAAGGCUCAUGGCAUCGAGACACUGAUGACGAAGACCAAUACUAUUACUACAAUAAAUACGGACCUUUCCACUCUUACAAUCUACUUAAUCAGUUCAGAACUCUAGAUAAGCAUAAUACUGCUGAAGAAGACCCUUAUAGAAACACCAUACAAGGUUACGUAAACAUGGCUGACACUUCCAUUGAUAGAGUAAACAGCCAAAGAGGAAUUCUCGAGUUUAUUGGACUUUUAUCGUUUUUAAUGCUAGCAAUUGGGAUGACCCAAGUUAGAAGCUUAUAUGAUGGAGAAAAUUUAGGACCUCAAAUCGGAGGAGCUUUGGUUACAGCUCAAGAAAUUGAAGAUUUCAUUGGAGAAUUGAAGAAAAGGAAAAAUAAUAACUAA